AUGGGUUGGAUGUGGUCAUCCCCUCCCCCCCAGGGCCCCAAUUCGAACCCCAACUCGUCCUUAGAACAGUCCAAACCCUCUCCGUCGACAAAGCAAACCGAAUCUCAGUACGGCGACCCCGAAAUCGCCAAGUUCAUGGCCCAGCUACAAGAGGAAUUCGGCAGCAACAGCAAGCCCGCCGAGGCAGCCAAACCACCACCACCACAACCACCCCCCUCUUCCUCAAACUCCGCUCCUUCUCCUCAGUCCACAUCCACAUCCACAUCCUCAUCCUCCUCCUCUUCAUCAUCAUCAUGGACCCGCUCCCUCUGGGGCUCCUCCAACAAAUCCGAACCCUCUCCAUCACCAUCCACGACACUUUCCCAACCCAACCGCCAAACCUGGACCCCCUCGCGCCUAGACCCUCUCUCCGAAUCCCUCCUGCCCACAGAAAUGUCCUGCCGCCAAGCCUUCGACACAGCCUUCCACUGCAACUCGCUCGGCGGGCAAUGGACGGCCGUGUACCGCGAAGGCAACGUGCGGUCGUGCUCGGAGCACUGGGACGACUUCUGGUUCUGCAUGCGCACGCGCACCUUACCCACCCAACAAAAGGAAGACGCCGUCCGCGCCCACUACCGCCGCAAGGAGUACCUCAAGUACUUCGCGCCCGACCGGCCCUCGAGCGCCGACGUCUGGGAGCCGCGCGACGAGAAGCUCGAGCCGGGCGCCGCCUUCGCCGAGCCCCUCGAGAUGCCCGACGUCAGCGACGAGGAGUGGCGGAGGCAGGAGAUCGAGCGGAGGAGGAGGGUGAGGGAGAUGCUUGCGAAGGAUGAGGCGUGA